AUGGCCUUCUCGGGCAAAGGAACGCGAAAUUCCGGGAGGACUGACUCCAGUCCCUCCGAAUAUAAGGGUGCUUUCAACACGAACUCAACCCCACAAAAGCCCUUGUUCGCUCAGCAGCGCGCGCAGAAACGACCCGGCGCACCAUCUGCAAGAGGACCCCUCCAACCCUCGCGACUUGGCCAGGCAGUCAUGUACAACGACGACCAAGAUGAAACAGAGACAAACCAGCAGGAAGUCGUGGCUAACCGGGCAGGCACAUUUGGCCUGCCAUUCGACGACACCUACGACUUGGACGACAGCUCUAUCUUGACGAGCGGCGCUUCUGGCGGCGACCUAGAAAUGGGCGAUGACGACUCCGACUUGAUGAUGCUCAAUACCCCGGCUGCGACAGAGCGCGUCCGGAAGGAAGCCGCAGGUAUCUUCCGCGCCUCGGUUGCGCAGUCUGGACCUAGGAUACGCGAUCUUAGAUUUGCCGCCCUCGCGAAGGACGUCUAUACACACAUGGGCACCGCUUCCCUCAUCGAGCCCGGAGAGAUGAUUUUAAAUACCGAGAGGCUUAUUGCCCGUCUGUAUGAUGAAGGUGUAGGCGAAGAAGAGGACGGGGAGAAGCUGGAUGAGGCGCUUGCGCAUGUCGCCGGUGAACUUACUGACCUCUGGAAGAGAACUAUCAGCGACUUCCCCCACCCCGACGAAGAGCACACGGUGGAGGUUGGACCCGGUCCCAACACCUCCCCACUAGAGAAAGCGACCUACCUGGCCAACCUGGCGCUACAUGUCCACCACGAACGGUACGAAGACAACACGGGACGUACUAGGCCUACGCCUUUGCCUGAGACACUGUUCAAGUGGCUAGACGAGUACCACAACGUUUACAGCGGCCAGACGGAAGAUAUUCUACGAUACAGGCCGAGCCCGGCGGGUAAGGUGGAUGAUGCGGCCAAACUGCUGAGACAAGCCGGGUGGGACAAAGUUAAGAAAGACAACGGCGAAAACAAGUACAUCAACCGUGCCCUGGAGAGCGUGCAGCUUGCCACAGCUGAAACGGUUGCUAUGUUGGAGAAUUGCCCCGGUUACAAUGAGAACUGGGACAUCGGGAACAGCGACUGGACUCUAUGGCGUGUCCGAACUAAGGGCGCGCUUGAUCACCUUAGACGCUUCGCUGAGGGCCGCGAUAGCACGCUAGGCGACUCCACAUUUUCCGAUUUCACGGCCUCAGUUUCGUCUAACCGGAAUCGUGAGUCCAUGGCCGGUCUGGCGAGACGGGCGGAGUCUCAAGUUCCAUGGGAGAUCUACGAGAAGCUGAACAUCAUCUUCGACAUUGUUUUGGGGUCCAAGAGUGCUAUCCUCAAUGCCGCGCAAGACUGGUGUGAGGCCACGAUCGGUCUCACUGCCUGGUGGGAUGACAGGAGAGCCGAUAAGUUCGGGAACCCGCUCUCCAUGGCCCGCUCGCAAGCCCUCACGCUGGCCUCCCAAUCGGCAAGCAUCGACAGUUACUUGGAUAGGCUGAACAAUGCCUUCCAUGCAGCCGUCGAACAGGACUUCUAUUUGAACUCCAACAAUCCUGUGGAAGUGGGAAUCGCGUGUAUUUUCGAAGAUAACGUCAAGGGUCUCAUCGGUCUGCUCCGUGGCUGGUCGCUCCCCAUCGCCUCUGCGGUGGCCGAGAUUGCUUCAUUGGGCGGAUGGCUUCCACAGCACCAGCCAGGAGCGCUCUUCAUGGAGGGGCUCGAUCAGGAUGAUCUGGAUGUGCUUGGAGUCGACCCCACCGCGCCAGACGAGGUUGACGGAAUCAAGGACAGCACGCUUAUUCAGUACGCACAACAACUGACCGAAGAUGAGGACAUUGGAACGAUCACGAUUGACGAUGAAGCUCGGGAUGGCUGGGAACUAGCUAUUCACGUACUCGGCCGUAUGGACUCGCAGGAGCGUUCCGAAGAAAUGAUUGGAAUCUUGGUCAGGCAUAUUGUCGAUAGCUUGCACGUGGACUCGAACGAAGUGGUGGACAAGACUUGGUCUCUCCUAAACGAACUUGGCAUGAUCCCUUAUGCCGAAGAAGUGGUUGAGACUUAUGCUGAUAUUCUCGCGCGCGACUCUCACCGUUAUGGUGAAGCGAUGUGGUACUUUGCUCUGGCGCACAAACCGCACAAGGUUCGCGAGGUCAUGAAUCUCCUCAUCUCAUACUCCCUCAUCCAGUCAACAGCUUUUCCACCAAACGAAGAACUCGACGACUGGCUUCACCGCCUCCUUAACGAGCGCAACGAAACUCUCGAGCAGUGUGCUAAGCAAGACCUCGAGGCCGCCGAACUCCUCGGUAAGAUGCUUAGUGGCUACGCCUCGCUCCGCCAGUACUUCAUCAUCCGUGACGACGAGAGCAUCCUUCCCAACGCCACUCCCUUCGCCCGCAAGCAGCAGGCCGCCACCGCACUGGUUAGUGUCAUCGCUAGUUCCGACGAUAACAUCCGGGGCGGCCUUCUCGACCAGACGCGCGAUGGCAUCGUCAGCGAGGACUUCUUGCUCGCUCUCCUCGGCGAAGCCAUUGCCUUUGUCACUAACCCAGACAACACCAACGUCCACCUCGGUCAGCAGGCCCUCCCCGUCCUCAAUCUCGAUCAGAUCGACACUAUCCUCAAGGCCAUCGAGGACCUCCAGGCUGUCAGCGACCGCGUCCGCAGCACGUGCGAGGAGUUCCUGCAGAUCGUGCUUGCUUCAGCGCCUGAUGGUCUCAAGGGAUCCACGCCCGGUGAUAUGCUCAAGAAGAAUGCCAGCGGCAGCCUCGUGCUGGCGGGCAGUACUAUGGUGGCAACUCAGCUGAAGAACUCGCUCAGCGGCGGACUAGUCGGGAGCGGUGCCAAGAUGAACCCUGUCAAGCGCGGCUGGGACUGGAGGGCGGACAUGCCGUCGAAGACUACCGGCGACGAUGUUAUGCGGAGGCUGAGACUGGGUGUGGCGAAGGAUUUGGCGGGACUGUGGCUUGCUGAUGCGGAUAAUGCGUUGUGGUAG